GAAAAGAGACUCUCCGAUUCCUAUGCUGCUGAAAUCAUUCUUCCUCCUGUCUGAAAUCCAAGCUACCGAAUUCUUUGCGAAUCCCUAAAAUCCCGUCGCCAUGGAUGACCAAAACGACGAUGCUUUGCUUCGUCGCUCCAAUUUCCAAUGCUACUCUGAGAAGUUCGCUUUCCGGUCAGAUUCCGACGACGAUUCGGCCGAGGGCAGCCGGAAAUUCAGUUUCGAUGAUACCGGCUCCAGUUACCAGAAGACGCCCAGAAUCUUUGAUCGGUUCUACAACUCCUCCUCGUCGGAUGAAGAAGUAGAUGAGGUUGGAAGUUCGUCCAAUUACCAGCGCCGUCUGGAUUAUAUGCUCCAGUUCCUCGACCGGAAGCUCUCUAAUUCUCCGUCCCCCGAUCAGCCAUUGCCGGAAUUUACUGCUACGGGCGGCGGGACGGGGAUAUUCCGGCCUCCAUUUCGGGCGCCGGUGCAUCCGACCCGGCCGCCGAGUCUUGAGAUAAGGCCCCAUCCGUUGCGGGAGACUCAGGCGGGGCGAUUUCUUAGGAGGAUUGCUUGCGUCGACGAUGGUGAUGGGCCGCAGCUGUGGGCUGGGUCGGAAUGUGGAAUUAGGGUGUGGGAUUUGAAGAACGAUAUGUAUGGAGUGGCCGAGGAUGGGGAAGAGGAGGGAACGGUGAGGUACUGGGAAUCAGAGCAGGUUGCGUCCCCUACAUUGUGUUUGGUUGGGGAUGGGGGGAAUAGAGUGGUGUGGAGUGGACAUAGGGACGGGAGGAUUAUGUGCUGGAAGAUGUUGGAUGCAUCAACUGAAAAAGUGAAUGGGAGAGUGAAUGUCACUUGUAAGAAUGAGUUUCAGGAGAUGUUUUCGUGGCAGGCACACCGGGGUCCUGUGUUAUCCAUGGUUGUCAGUUCUUAUGGAGAUAUAUGGUCUGGUUCAGAGGGAGGUGCAAUAAAAGUCUGGCCUUGGGAAGCUAUUGGAAAGUCAUUUUCUCUAAUAGUUGGAGAAAGGCACAUGGCCUCUUUAUUAGUAGAGAGAUCAUACGUUGACCUAAGGAGCCAAAUUACCCAGAAUGGGGCCUGCAGCAGCAUAUUUACUUCAGAUGUCAAGUAUAUGCUAUCCGAUCAUGUUGAGGCGAAAGUGUGGACUGCUGGUUAUCAGUCAUUUGCGUUAUGGGACGCUCGAACCAGAGAGUUACUGAAAGUGUUUAAUGUUGAUGGUCAGAUUGAAAACCUUGAUUCGCCAGAGGAUGAGAUCCGGAUGAAAUUUGUAUCUAAUUCAAAGGAAAAAACACAAAAUUCGUAUAGCUUUUUUCAACGUUCACGUAAUGCUAUAUUGGGAGCAGCAGAUGCUGUUCGUCGAGCUGCAGCAAAAGGUAGUUUUGGAGAUGAUAAUCGGAGAACUGAAGCAUUGAUUGCAACAGUUGAUGGAAUGAUUUGGACUGGAUGUGCUAAUGGGCUACUUGUGCAAUGGGAUGGGAAUGGCAAUCGCUUGCGAGACCUCCAUUACCAUUCUUUCGCCGUUCAAAGCCUAUGCACAGUUGGGACUCGAAUAUGGGUUGGUUACAUUAGUGGCAUUGUUCAGGUUUUGAAUCUUAACGGUGACUUAGUAGGAGAAUGGAUGGCUCACAAUAGCCCAGUGAUAGACUUAGCCAUUGGGGCUGGUUAUCUUUUCACCUUGGCUAAUCAUGGUGGUAUUCGUGGGUGGAGCAUCGCCUCUCCUGGACCACUUGAUAAUAUAUUGCGUGCACAGUUGGCUGGAAAGGAAUUUGUAUACACAAAGCUAGAGAAUCUGAAAAUAUUGGCUGGAACAUGGAAUGUUGCUCAGGGAAGAGCCACUCCAGAUUCUCUUAUAUCAUGGCUAGGCUCAGCUGCAGCAGACGUUGAUUUGAUUGUUGUUGGGUUGCAAGAAGUGGAAAUGGGUGCUGGUUUUCUUGCUGUGUCCGCUGCUAGAGAAACUAUGGGUCUUGAGGGCAGUUCUGCUGGCCAAUGGUGGUUAGAUAUGAUUGGGAAAACACUGGAUGAAGGAUCAACAUUUUAUCGCCUUGGCUCCAGGCAGUUGGCAGGCUUGCUUAUUUCUGUGUGGGUCAGAAACAACAUCAGAGGCCAUGUUGGUGAUGUUGAUGUUGCAGCUGUUCCUUGUGGUCUUGGACGAGCAAUCGGAAAUAAAGGAGCUGUGGGGCUGAGGAUGAGAGUGUACGACCGAGUGAUGUGCUUUGUCAAUUGUCAUUUUGCUGCACACUUAGAAGCUGUUAAUCGUCGAAAUGCUGAUUUUGAUCAUGUAUAUCGAACAAUGGCUUUUAGUCGACCAUCCAAUGUUUUAAAUUCUGCUGCUGGUAUGGUGAUGUGGUUACUCUUAUGUUGCUUGAUUGCCUGCUCAAUGCUAUUACUAUCACUUGUUUAUGGUUCGAGCUUGCCAUUGGUGCUUUCUAUUGCAGCAGGCGUCACUUCUGCAGUUCAAAUGAUCCGCACUACAUAUGCUAUGGGUAUUAAUUCUACGGAAGGAAUGCCUGAGCUUUCCGAGGCAGACAUGGUGAUAUUUCUUGGGGACUUCAACUAUCGGCUAGAUGGCAUAUCGUAUGAUGAGGCAAGGGAUUUCAUAUCCCAAAGAAGCUUUGACUGGCUUAGAGAAAGAGAUCAGUUGCAAGCUGAAAUGAAAGCUGGUAAUGUUUUCCAAGGAAUGCGUGAGGCCGUGAUUAGGUUUCCUCCAACAUAUAAAUUUGAAAAGCACCAACCUGGUUUGGCAGGUUAUGAUUCUGGAGAGAAGAAAAGGAUUCCUGCCUGGUGUGAUAGGAUUUUGUACCGUGAUAGCCGUUCUUCUUCAGUAUCUGCCUGCAGCUUGGACUGCCCAGUUGUCUUGUCAAUAUUGCAGUAUGAAGCUUGUAUGGAUAUAACCGACAGUGAUCACAAGCCUGUCCGUUGCCUUUUCAGUGUCGAGAUUGCUCGAGUUGAUGAGUCAGUAAGAAGGCAGGAGUUUGGAGAAAUCCUCAAAUCAAAUGAGAAAAUCAAGCGUUUACUUGAUGAACUAGCCAAAGUUCCCGAAGUAGUAGUCAGUACAAAUAACUUAAUCCUUCAAAACCAAGACAUAUCUAUACUACGGAUCACAAAUAAAUGCAAGAAAGACAAAGCUCUAUUUGAAAUAAGUUGUGAAGGUGUGGCUGCCAUUAACAAAGAUGGACAGGCGUCUGAUCAUCACCCGAGAGGUUCUUUUGGCUUUCCCCAAUGGCUUGAGGUCACCCCUGCCGCCGGAAUCAUUGAAGCAGAUAAUAUUGCUGAAAUAUCAAUCCGCCAUGAAGAGUACCGAACAUUAGAAGAGUUUGUCGAUGGUGUACCCCAAAACUUUUGGUGUGAAGAUGCUAGGGACAAGGAAGCUAUGCUAUUAGUAAAAGUACGUGGCAGCUGCACAACUGAAACCAUAUCUCAUCGGAUACGGGUGCGCUACAGCAUUACAGGCAAACUUACACCUAUGAAUCUAAAUCGAAAAACAGAACCCCCCAACCCCGUCCAACCAAAUCUCCUCCACCGCUCUGAUUUUAGGCUCAGUGAUUCAUGCGACGUGGUCAGCCAUUUAGAACAUCUACAUUCUCCUUGAAGCGAGAUUCUUGAUCCCAUUUGUGUCGCGGAUCAUAUCCUGUCAAAGGUAUUCAUUUUUAUCACGUAAUUUUUCAUUCAAUCUUGCAUCAUAAGCUCUACUUCAUGUCAUCAUCUUCACCAGCAACAUACGUCGUGCAAACACCAUUACGAUUUUUUGAAACUAUAUUGCUUGUCGAUUUGAGCUUUUGGUUCGAGAGUUACAUGAUACUUACAUUCUAAUAUCUGGGCCGGGCCGGGCCGGGUUUGAUAAGUUUGUCAAUGUGAAUCUAAAACUUGUAUAGAAUUUAUUUUGGUAGGCAGGGCAGGGCAGGGCAGGGCAGGAUGAGAAGUGAGUGUUUUGUUUCCCAGCUACUUUUACUCUCUGCUGGUUUUGGCUUUUGUUAAUGUAAUUUCUACUUUGUUCUGUGUUGUGUGUGCACUUUGUAAUGUACAACUUAAAUAAAUUAUGUUACCUAA